AUGCUGGUGGACGAGGUGCACCGCAACGGGGACGUGCCCGCGGCCACCGACGGCUCCAAGGUGAGGCGGCACGACGCGGCGCUUGGCUUGAUAAGCGCCAGUAGAAAGUCGGUGCUCUCGGAAGUUGGUUACGGAGACCUGUCGGUGGGCGCAAUAUGGUGUUACGAAACUGAUAGCUUAUCAAGAAAUCCGCUUCUCAUUUCUGUAUUAGCAAAUCUUGGAAGUUUCUACACCCACACCAAGAAUGCGGAUGACGUCGAGGCGGCGGCGGGGGCGGCGGCGGCGGCGGGGGCGGCGGCGUUGGCCGGGCCGGGUGCGCAGGCGCGGUCGCAGCACUCGGUGCGCAGAGCGGUGGCGAUGAUCGUGCUGUGCUCGGCGGCGCUGCUGCUGGCCGCCGUCCUCUUGGGCUUCUUCGGGCCGGGCUUCGUGCUGCAGCUGGGCAUCCUCGGGUUGCUCGUGCUGUUCAUCACCAGCGGCGCCAUGCAGUGGCUGUACGUCGCCCUCGUCACGCUGCCCAGGGACGUCGCGGCCCUGAUGCGGUACCUGUGUCUGGUGCUGCAGGCGCGGUCCAUGCAGCGGCGCGACCAGUCCAUCGUGGAAGGUUUCCACGCUCGGGUGCACAAGCACCCCAACAAGCCCUGCUUCGUCUUCGAGGACGAGACGUGGACCUUCGCCGAGGUGGACCGGUACAGCAACAAGGUGGCGCACGCCUUCCAGAAGGAGGGCUACCGCAAGGGCGACAAGGUGGCGCUCAUGAUGGAGAACCGGCCCGAGUUCGUGUGCCUGUGGCUGGGGCUGGCCAAGCUGGGCGUGGUGGUGCCGCUCAUCAACUACAACCUGCGCCAGCACCCGCUGCUGCACUGCCUGCGCAUCUCGGGCGCGCGCGCGCUCGUCUUCGGCUCCGAGCUGCUGGGCGCGGUAAAGGACGUGGCAGGGCAGCUGCCCGCGGGGCUAGCGCUGCUGCGCUGGGGGCCCGAGCCCCACGCCGACCCCUCGGACCUGGGCGAGCGUCACCUGCCCGAGCUGCUGGCGGCGGCCGGGGACGGCGCCGCGCCGCCCGAGGUGGCCGACCCGCCGCGCUACCGCGACGCACUGCUCUACAUCUACACCUCGGGCACCACCGGCCUGCCCAAGGCCGCCGUCAUCGACCACUCGCGGUUCUUCUUCAUCGCCGGCGCCAUCAGCUGGAUGGCGGGCUUCAAGGCCAGCGACCGCUUCUACACGCCGCUGCCGCUCUACCACACGGCUGGCGGCAUCAUGUCGGUGGGGCAGGCGCUGCUGUUCGGCGGCACUGUCGUCAUUCGGCGCAAGUUCUCCGCCUCCGCCUAUUUCCCAGACAUCCGCCGCUACGAGUGCACGGUGGCGCAGUACAUCGGCGAGAUGUGCCGCUACGUGCUGGCGGUGCCGGCGCACGCCGACGACGCCAAGCACAAGCUGCGCGUCGUCUUCGGCAACGGGCUGAGGCCGCAGAUCUGGGCGCCCUUCGUCAAGCGCUUCGCCAUCCCGCGCGUCGCAGAGUUCUACGGGGCCACCGAGGGCAACGCCAACAUCGUGAACACGGACAACACGGAGGGCGCCAUCGGCUUCGUGUCGCGCAUCCUGCCCAGCUUCUACCCGAUCUCUGUGAUCCGCGUGGACGCCGCGAGCGGCGAGCCCCUUCGCGGGCCCGACGGCCUCUGCUCGCCCUGCGCGCCGGGCGAGCCGGGCGUCUUCAUCGGCAAGAUCGUGCCGGGCAACCCGGCGCGCGCCUUCCUGGGCUACGUGGACAAGGAGGCGUCGCGCAAGAAGGUGGUGCACGAUGUCUUCCGGCGCGGCGACUCCGCCUUCAUCUCGGGUGAUAUCUUGGUAUCGGACAAAUGGGGAUAUCUGUUCUUCAAAGACCGGACAGGAGACACAUUCCGAUGGAAAGGCGAAAAUGUGUCAACGACAGAGUUGGAGGCUGUUAUUAGUAACUUAAUUGACUAUCGUGACUGCGUUGUAUAUGGUGUUCAGGUGCCGGGGCUCGAGGGCCGCGCGGGCAUGGCGGCCAUCGCGGACCCCUCGGACACGCUGGACGUGCCCAAGUUGGCGGACGGGCUGCGCCAGGCGCUGCCGCCUUACGCGCGCCCGCAGUUCCUGCGCCUGCUGCGCAAGGUGGACCUCACAGGCACGUUCAAGCUGAAGAAGAAGGACCUGCAGGAGGAAGGGAUGGACCCGCAGCGCGUGGCGGACAAGCUGCUGUACCUGGACGGCGCGUCCGGCCGCUACGAGGCGCUGACGUCCGACGCGCACGCGCGCAUUCUGGCGGGCGCCAUCCGCUUCUGAGCGCGGGCGGGCGGCGCACGCGGCCAAUGGCAUCGGCAGCCCACGCAUUCGCUUUCUAAGACUGAAACUCGGCGGCGAUUCCUUGACCAAGAAUUGAAUUAAAGUGUACUUAUAAUAAAGAUUCAGAAUGAACGUGUGUCGCGCGACCGAGCCGGACGCGCGCAACAAUCGCGUGGGUUUGCGAAUUUGGCUAGCGAUCUCAUUGGUGGUUUCCGCCGUAACCAGACGCGCGGGAAACUACGUAUUUGUACCACGCGGGCGCCCAGCAACUUCAUCAUCUCCAUUUCAUAUACAUCUCUCCCCCACACCCACAUUUUUACACUUGUUACGUAUAUUAUGUAUAAAUGACAUGGUCAUUGUUAUGGAUUGACGGAUUUGUUAUUGGCUCAUCUUAGGAAAUAUUAUUUAAUAAAUAUUAUAUAUUUUGUACCACUGCGUUUAAUUUCUACACUCGUGUGCGUUGAAUUAAUGCCUUAUUUUACGUGGCGAAACUCGGGCCAUC